UGAAGUCCAAAUCAAAAAGAAAAAAUGAUCGGGACGGACUUGUUGUAACAAAUGUCGAAGCUUUGGCUUCAGUCCGUAACGCGGUCCUUUCGUGGGCAGUGGAUGGUGAUUUGCCGAGCCAGUCGGAAGGCAGCUGGCAGGAAUACCGGUAGCAGCUCCUCGAUUGCACGGAAAAUUCUCCAACAAGUGAUCAACGACAUCCGUGGUCGAAGGCUCAGUGUUGAGAACGUCAGACUUCGCAGCACCUCAGCAUCUCCACGCCAGGCCAAAGCAGGCUACAAGAUGACGUUGUCGACGGGCGAUAUUGUCGGCGUGGCGAUCGGAUCCACCAUUGGCGUGUAUGCGCUGACCAGCGUGCUGCUGUACAUGUGGCCAUGCCUGCUGCACCGCAAGGUACCACACCUUUUCGACGGAUAUCUCAUAGCGCACCGCGGAGGUGCCGGCGAGUACCUGGAGAACACGAUGGGAGCGUUUCGUCACGCCGUGCUCGACACCAAGGCAGACAUACUGGAGCUUGACCUGCACCUCACCAAGGACAAACAGAUUGUUAUCUGUCAUGAUAGCGACUUGAAGAGGUCGACUGGUCACGAAGGCACUGUGGAGGAGAUGAAUUAUGCUGACCUGCCACCAUUAAACCAAUACCUUGAAAUCACUUUUGACCCUGGGCGCGUUUGUGAACGUGUGUGCGAGGACACGAAGAUAGCGCUGUUUGAAGACCUGCUGCACGAGUUUCCCAACACCGUGCUAAAUAUCGACCUGAAGAGUGGCAGCCAGGAAUUGGUGGAGAAGACUGCGGAGAUGCUGCAGCGGUAUAAUCGCACCCGGAGUGUUAUCUGGGGUUCAAGCAAGAACGAUGUACUGGAGAUGUGUUACAAACAGGACCCAAGCAUUCCUGUGUACUUCUCCGCCGGUCGUGUCAUGAAGCUGGGUCUGUACUUCUGGUCGGGCGCACUGGCGUUCAUGCCACUGCGGGAGCACGUCUUUGAAGUCCCGUACUCCACGCCCGAGCUGAGAGCGCGUUUCCACCAGCUUCCCGGAUAUAUCCGCCUUCUGGUCACUGUGGCUCAGGCGCUGCUGGUGAAUCGAUUCGUCAUAGGCUAUCUACAGAAACGAGGAAUUGAGACGUACGUGUUUGUGGUGAACGACGAGGAUAGCUGGCGCAAGGUGUACGAUCUCGGCGUCACUGGCGUGCACACCGAUUACCCGACCAAGCUGAGGCAGUUCCUGGACGCCAACCCGCAGUACACCACCAGGAAACAGGCUGUCGGUGAGCCUGGGGAGAAGGAGAGUCUCGUCGGGACACGCUCUGAUCUUUGAGUAAUGAAACUAGGUGAUUGGGCGCAUCGGGACAAGGAGAGUCUCGUCGGGACGCGCUCUGAUCUUUGAGAAAUGAAACCAGGUGAUUGGGCGCCUUGGGAGAAGGAGAGUCUCGUCGCGACACGCUCUGAUCAAGUAAUGAAACUACUUCGUCACUAGUGACUUGAUCCUAGAGGGUGGUGGCGUUGCUGCGGAUGCGGAAAACUAGGCCUCCAGCCGAGUCGCACGCGAACCGUGAAUUUUAUUUUAUUUUAUAUAUAUUUUUAGUCACAAGGUGGCUUGGGAGAAGGAGAGUCUCGUGAGGACGCGCUCGGAUCUUUGAAUUACGAAGCUACCUUGUCAUUAGGUGCCUUUGCAUGUCCAUUUCGAUGACUCUCGGAUACCGGGUCUCGAGCAGAGUCAUUGUAGCAGCGCAGCUCGGAUUGUGGGUGUAUCCAGAAUGACGAGCGUAUCCUAUGAACUGUGUCAAUAUGAUCAUGGCUCUUCUUUUAGACUCUGCGCAUGUUCAGCAGAGUGUGAUUGUGAAUAGCGUGGAACCCGGUCACACAGUCAAGAACCAAGGACCCAUUCUUGUCCCACGCUGCUCUUGAAUUUGAAAGGGUCAUUUUUCAUUGCGGCUCCAGUCUUUUACACCAGUGAGUAUCUACAUAUUGUUGCACUCCAACCCAGUCUUGCAAUUAAUUCUGCCUUGUAUGUUUUCCGCGCUGCAUUGCAAGGAAUUUCGCUUUUAUCAGAUGCUAUCCGGAUGACAUCAGGAAAUGAUAAUGCUAUAUAGAUGACAUGAUCACCAUGCAUGCUGUGUGGAUGACAUCAUCAUCAUCAUCAUCAUACCAUCAUCUGAUACAUGCAAUAUACUUCGUAUAGAGUAGCAAGCCGGUGUAUAUGAUGCCACUCCGUUCAAACAUGUCCUAUGUCGCCAGUGUAGAUCCCGUAAUCCUCUUAGCUGUGCCGUCACUAUCAUCAUUAUUCUGGCUUGCCUUUGCUCGCCGAAUUAUGCAUGUCUGGCUCGGCUGAACAUUUGGUUCUAAUCAACUUCCGAUGGCUUGUCGACUUUAAGAAUUAGUCGCAACCUGUAUAAUUAUAGAUGCAGUGCAUGUUCCAUGUGUACAGUACAAAGCUGUAUACAGUCAUUUAGUUAUUGGAGGAUUUCCACACUCGGAAAUUGCCUGCAUCGACCCCUCGAUCACUGUUCAAUAGCUGCCUAUUAUUGUGGUCAGUUUUCACUAUUGUCUUCCUCAUGUCCACAUCCUAUCUUUUACCUGGUUCGACUGAACUUGUUUUGUAUACGCUG